AUGAAGAUGCAAGAAGACGACGACGACGGGCCGCCGCCGGGGUUUCAAUGCAUCAUCAGCAGACAGCCGCCGCCACAAUCCCAACCAGCUGAAGAAAUUAACAAAGAAGAAGAAGAUGAAGAAGAUGAAGAUGAGGGCCCACCUCCUGGAUUUGAACCAGUUGCUCCAAAUUCCUCGUCUCCGCCACCUUCUUCUUCUGAUAUGGAAGGAAAGAACAAAGAAGAUGAGAUUGAUGAUGGUGAAGACGAUGAGGGGCCACCACCAGGUUGGGAGUUUGGUGCUCUCAUGAAUCAAUUGCCAAAACCAACUUCAAACACAACAUCUGAUAUAAAAACGGAGAGCAAUGAAGAGUUGGAUGAAGGGCCUCCACCUGGUUGGGAAACCGUGAUGCCACGUCAGAUGCCACCACCAUGCACACCUCCCUUACAAUCAUCAUCAUCCAUGUCUCCUAGUGUUGAUAUCGCAAGCAAACAAGAAAUUAUGAGAAAUUACAAUGAAGUCCCUCCACCAGUUUCUCAGUCGAAGCCCACAUCAGGGCAUUCUCUGCUACCCACACCACCAUUGUCGGAAGUGUCUAUCGGUGAGUUUCGAAAAUGUUAUAGAAGGAACAAAUUAAACAACAAAAAAGUCCGGAUCAAAAGGCCAAUAUCUGGAUAUCACCUUUCAUCUCCAUUACAGCAACCGAGACCCAACUCACGCCCAUUAUCACAACCUAUACAGCCAUCAUCAUCCAGGAAAGCCCAGCUCGUUUGUGGCACAUGCAGAACAUUGUGUUUGUACCCCAGAGGGGCAAAAUGGGUGAAGUGUCCCAGUUGCCAGGAAGUCAACUUUGUUCUAGAAGCCCAUGAAGUUGGCCAAGUGAAAUGCGGAAGUUGUGAGGUUCUGCUUAUGUAUCUGCACGGAGCUCCAGCCGUGCAAUGCACUUCGUGCCAUUUUGUGACUGAAAUCGAGGCCCAGAAUAGUCGACCUCCGCUCUCCGUUCAGCAGGCCCAGAAAUUGGGUCGUCAUGCAAACUGGGCCCGAUAA